AUGUUUUUCUCUUCUGGUUUUCCAUUUGAUUCUAUGGGUGGGCAGCAAGCCCGUAGAAAAAGAGAAGUUAAUAAUUCAAAAUAUUAUGAAGUAUUGAAUUUAAAAAAAAACUGCACAACUGAAGAAGUAAAAAAAGCUUACAGAAAGUUAGCUAUAAUACAUCAUCCAGAUAAAGGUGGAGAUCCUGAAAAAUUUAAAGAAAUAUCGAGAGCAUAUGAAGUAUUAGCUGAUGAAGAAAAAAGAAAAUUGUAUGAUGAAUAUGGAGAAGAGGGAUUAGAAAAUGGUGAACAACCUGCAGAUGCAACUGACUUAUUUGAUUUUAUAUUAAAUGCAGGAAAAGGAAAAAAAAAAAGAGGAGAAGAUAUUGUAAGUGAAGUAAAAGUGACCCUUGAGCAAUUAUAUAAUGGAGCGACAAAAAAGCUAGCUAUAAGUAAAGAUGUUAUAUGUUCUAAUUGUGAAGGGCAUGGUGGUCCAAAAGAUGCUAAAGUUGAUUGUAAACAAUGUAAUGGAAGAGGAACAAAAACAUAUAUGAGAUAUCAUUCAAGUGUUUUACACCAAACUGAAGUUACAUGUAAUGGAUGCAGAGGAAAAGGUAAGAUAUUCAACGAAAAAGAUAAAUGUACUAAUUGCAAAGGAGGAUGUGUUUUAAAAACAAGAAAAAUCAUUGAAGUAUAUAUACCAAAAGGUGCUCCAAAUAAGCAUAAAAUAGUUUUUAAUGGAGAAGCUGAUGAAAAACCAAAUGUAAUUACAGGCAAUCUUGUUGUUGUAUUAAAUGAAAAGCAACAUCCCGUAUUUAGAAGAGAAGGAGUUGAUUUAUUUAUGAAUUAUAAAAUUUCUUUAUAUCAAUCAUUAACAGGGUUUGUUGCAGAAGUAACUCAUCUUGAUGAAAGAAAAAUUUUAGUGAAUUGCACAAAUACAGGAUUUAUUAGACAUGGUGAUAUAAGAGAGAUAAAAGAAGAAGGUAUGCCAACCUAUAAAGAUCCAUUUAAAAAAGGAAAUUUAUAUAUAACUUUUGAAGUAGAAUAUCCAAUGGAUUUAGUUAUAACUAAUGAAAAAAAAGAAGUGUUGAAAUUUUUAAAAAAACAAAAUGAAAGUGAAAAAAAUUAUGAUUUAGAAAAUAGUGAAUUUGAAGUUGUUACAUGUCAAGCUGUCGAUAAGGAAUAUUUAAAACAAAGAGUUAGUAAACAACAACAACAAGAAGCUUAUGAUGAUGAUGACCAUCAACCAGAAAUGGAAGGUGGAAGAGUAGCUUGUGCUCAACAAUAA